AUGGGCUUCUGUAAACUUUUAAUUGUUCUUUUCACUCUACAAGCUCUUUUAGCUAUGGUAUCAACACAAGCAACUGCACCAAAAUCAGACUUAUUUCGCGAGUAUAUUGGUGCAGAAUUCAAUGAUGUCAAGUUUUCAGACGUACCCAUCAACCCUAAUGUCGAAUUCCAUUAUAUACUUGCAUUUGCAAUCGAUUACACCACUUCAUCUUCUUCAUCCCCAACUGAUGGUGAAUUCAAUGUCUUCUGGGAUACUGAUAAUCUCACCCCAUCUCAAGUCUCUUCGAUCAAGAAUCAGCAUUCUAAUGUCAAAGUAGCUUUGAGUUUAGGAGGAGACAGUGUGGGAGGUGGAAGUUGCUACUUUAACCCUUCUUCAGUCGAUUCAUGGGUUUCCAACGCUGUUUCUUCACUCACUAAGAUCAUCCAACAGUAUAACCUGGAUGGGAUCGAUAUCGAUUACGAGCAUUUUCAUGCAGAUCCUGAUACUUUUGCUGAAUGCAUAGGGAAGCUUAUUACAACACUCAAGAACAAUGGAGUCAUCUCGUUUGCAUCUAUAGCUCCAUUCGAUGAUGAUGAAGUUCAAAGCCAUUACAUGGCUCUUUGGAAGAGUUAUGGUCACACCAUAGACUACGUCAAUUUCCAGUUUUAUGCAUACGAUAAGGGAACAACUGUUUCCCAGUUUAUGAACUACUUUCAGACACAAAGCUCCAACUAUGGAGGAGGUAAUAUCUUGGCUAGUUUUAUAAGUGAUGGAAGUGGUGGAUUGUCUCCUGAAAACGGGUUCUUUACGGCCUGUAAUAGGCUGAAAAGUGAAGGGAAGCUCGGUGGGAUCUUUGUUUGGUCCGCGGAUGACUCCAUGUCUUUAGGUUUCCGGUAUGAGAAGCAGUCACAAGCUUUGCUUGCAGUUCCUCGUUAG